AUGCAUGUUGGCGUAGCCGGAUGCAGACCAAAUAUAUCCAUCGAGACAAAGGCAAAAAACGGACCGUAUGACAAACUCGAUGUUUUGAAAAAGAAACGACCGCAGGGCCCAUUUGUCGAUGGACAAAAAGAGAUCAAGACGAGUCUCGACUAUGAGAAAUGUAUCGAAAUAGCACAGAAUUCUCGCUUGGAAACAUCAGACGAUGCUGGAUUGUAUUUAUGCGAGUACAUUUACUAUUCCAGCCUGCGGAAAAGCUUAGAAAUGAAAGCAACAUGUGUUUUUGUACACGGGACGGCUCAGAUACUCCUAUAA